GGGGGAGAAAAAGAGAAGAAGGGCUUCUUCUUCUUCAUAAUCACUUCCCCCUUUCUCCAUUCUCCGCCAUUAAUCACCUCUUCUGUAGAGAGAGAGAGAGAGAGAGGAGGAGGAGGAGAGAGAGAGAGGAGGAGGAGGACGACGAGGAGAUGGGGAGGGGGAGGGUGGAGCUGAAGAGGAUAGAGAACAAGAUCAAUCGGCAGGUGACCUUCGCGAAGCGUCGCAACGGGCUUCUGAAGAAGGCGUACGAGCUCUCCGUGCUCUGCGAUGCCGAGGUCGCCCUCAUCGUCUUCUCGAAUCGGGGCAAGCUCUACGAGUUCUGCAGUAGCCCUAGCAUGCUGAAAACACUGGAAAGAUAUCAAAAAUGCAGUUAUAGUGCACCAGAAAUGAGUACCCAAUCAAAAGAAGUUCUGCUGAUGCAAAGUAGCUGCCAAGAGUACAUGAAACUGAAGGCGCAUGUAGAGAGUUUACAACGAAGUCAAAGGAAUCUCCUUGGUGAGGAUUUGGGAACACUUAGCAUCAAGGAGCUUGAACAGCUUGAGAAGCAACUUGAUACAUCAUUGAGGCACAUUAGAUCAACAAGGACACAACACAUGCUUGAUCAGCUUGCCGAUCUCCAAAGGAGGGAGCAGGUUCUUUGCGAAGCAAAUAAAUGCCUUCGAAAACGACUGGAAGAGAGCAGCCAGGGCAGUGUUGAGCUGCAAGUGUGGGAGCACGGCGCAAACCAGCUUGGAGGAGGAUACGACCGCCAACAGUCGCCUCAGGAGCCGCACGGCAACGGAUUCUUCCACCCCUUGGAGUGUGAACCCUCCCUGCAUAUCGGGUACCAUCAUGAUCAGAUGCCUGGCACAAGUGUGGCAACCUUCAUGCCUCCAGGAUGGUUACCUUGAAAACUUGAACACUUCACCUCUUUAAGAAGAAGUGUAUGAACGAAGAAGCAAAUUCAGAACUAAAAAGCAAAUAUUUAUAUGUAUUUUGGUGUGGCCAAACAAACUUUUUUUAUUUUUAGUUUUCCUAGGUAAGCUCCAUCUUGUUGUACUUGCUAGAGCCUGUUAAUUGGUGCUUAAUUAUAUAUUUCUCAGUAUAAAACUGCGGUAGCUUAAUUUAUGGCUACUAUAUAUGUAAGUUUAUGUGGUAUGAACCUCAGCAUCAAAAGGCUAUUAGAUUAUGAACAACUCUCUUUGUGAUGUGUAAGGUUAUAUCAUGUGGAGUAAUCAACAACUCUUGUAAUAUUAUUAUAACUCACAUCCAACACUUUAUAUUUU